AUGGGUGGUAGCAAUGCCCCCUUCCUUUACGACCGACCCCAAAGCUGGAACUUCGGUGCUCCCACCAGUCGAGGCUUCAAUCCCAAAGCCGCGACCGAGGCAUCAUGGACACCGAGAGCCAACAAGCCUAAGUCGAAUGGUCCCUUGGUAGACUUCAACAAGCACCCCGAUUCCUAUCUCGUCGUACCCUACGGCAAUCUGACCACCCAACCGAUGCAUCCCAACACCAAGAAGAGAGUUGUAAGAGCUAGGACUGGUCUGCUUGUCUUGCGAUGGCUUGCCCUGCUGGGGGCCAUGGGCCUGCUGUUCUGUGUCAUCUCAAUCAAUAAGACCACCACAACAGUGGCGUGGAUCAUCCGCUGCGCGCCCGCGGUCGCACUCUGCCAGCUCUUCUACGCCGUCUACCAUCUUGGCCGAUCGGUCACUAGCCGCACCCCUGGAUCGAGUGCUAGCUACAUGGUCUUUUCCGGCUUGAUCGAUCUUGGUCUCAUUCCCUUCUUCGCCUUUUCUGCCUACAUGUCUUACCUGGAUCACGCUCACAACAUGUACGAAUGGAGUACCUUGUUCAACGACACCGAGGUCUCCUACAAGAUCAUUUUCGCUUUCUUCAUCCUGAGCACGACUGAGUGCGGUCUGCUAGCGCUAUGUCUGCUGUUCGACGUCUAUCUAGCGGUCACGUUCCGCAAGAUCGCGAAAAUGCCUCCUGACAUGAACCCAUUGGAAGACAAUUUGACCAGUCGAUUCGGUCACAAGCGCAACAAGUCUUCCAUGAACAUUACAGAGAAACAUAUGAGCGCGUCUACUCUCGUCACCAACCGCGACUCGGGCAUGGGUAAGAGAGUUCCAUUCAUACAUACCCGCACCGAUUCUGCCGACAGCGUCACUCUCUAUGGCAACGAAUAUGCUCGCAACUCAAGAGUCGAAAUGCGUAAAGGCUUUGAGGAAGUCACCAAAGAUCCCUACAGAGUUUCCACCGCAUCAGUACCAGGGUCGCCCUUACGUCCUGGCUCAGCACAUAGCCCGGCUCCUAACACCCGCGCUGCUGGCGCUGGGCUGGAUCAUCGCCCAGCACGUUCCUCAAUCUUCAAUGCGUCUCCGCAGCGUUCUCCCAACCGCUCUCCAGCUCGACCAUCGUCAUGGCUUUCGUAUAUUGACUAUGAAGGCAUGCCCACUGAUCUCAGCGACACUGCAAACCAGCAACUUGAUGAGCAAGUUCGUCCCAUCUCGCCGGUUUCGACCAGCCCAUCGCACGGACCGCUCGGGCACUCCUGGAGCAACCGGCCCUCAACAGAUGUCAACAGAUUCAGCGAUGCCAAUGGUGACAUGCCUCAUGUAGCCGCACUUAUGGCUCCUACACUGCAUGCUACACCUAAACGGAGUCGUGAACCUCUUGGCAUGCAUCCGCCCUCUCCUGCCGGGCCAGAGUACGACUUAAACGAUGAGAACUACUACACCGCACAACAGGGCACGCACGAUCCGAUGUCGAGCCCUGUUCGACCCAUCCUCUCGUCCACCAACGGUAACAGCCGUCCAUCAUCCUUCAUUGGUAGUGGCACCAAAUCCCGCUUUUACGGAGACCUUCGUGCAAGCAUCAACGGCAGGGGAGUGGAUCAGACCAAGGAUGCAGAUGCGAAUGUUGUCGAGAUCUAUCCUGACAGUGAUGACGAUAGACUGGCUGACAACGGCAACGGCAUUGAUCGGUCCCGGACCAUGAAGAGCAUGCAAAGUGCAAGUGACUACAGUGGCAACAUUGAAGUUUAUGAGAGUGAUAGUGAGGGUGAACGACCUCCGCGGCCAGCAUAUCGCUACAGCCAGAAGAGUCCCUACAAGACAAGAUCUUCCCUGCAGACACCUAGCAACAACGACCACUACUCUCCAACGCCGCCUCCUCCGAUGUCGCCUUCAAAGACUCAGAGUCAAGGUCUGCCAACUCAGUUUAACAGCCCUCGUCAGACUUCAAACUCAACGGGAUUGGAUCUGCACAGCGGCUAUGCUGGUCUUGGACCCGAAUUCGGAAGGGGUAUGGCGAGAAGACGCGACGUGAGCGGCAAAGUGGCUGAAGAGGGACGAGGUGGUAACUAUCAAACGGAGAUCAUGGAUGGACAGGCAGCCAUUGUCGAGGAGACCACGCCCCAGAAGACAUUUCAGAGUGCCGGAUGGGCGCGCUUCAAAGGCUUGUGA